AGGGCCUGAAGACGGAGGUGGGCGGAGUGGAAGGGUGAGGGUCGCAGCCGGGAAGCUUUGCGUCAGUUGGAGACUGAACUUGGGCCUGAGCUGGAGCGGGUGGUGUCCUGUGCUGAGAGAGGGAGGGGCAAGUUCCAAGCCACCGCUGGGCCGGAACUGGGGGCCAGAAAGAGGAGGAAUGAACCAGAUUGGACCGCUAAGGGACUGGGCGGGGAGGGGCGGGGCCUCGGCUGCGCCGCCCCCGAGAGGGCGGGGCUGACUCCAGGCCGCAGGGAACUGCCGGUCCCAACUGCCGGUGCCAACUGCCUCUCAACCGCCGGCGGGUUGCAGCUUCCGAGCUUCCUGGACUUCCACCAGCUCUUCUCGGCUUCACAAAUGUGUCAGCCCCGCCGCCAGCCUCUCGAAGUCUCUGUCGCCGUGUUUCUUCACUUUUCGUGGUUUGUGUCCGUGUCCGCAGUUUCUCUCCUGCCCCUGUCUCCCUGGGCUUGAUCAUUUCCCAGGGCUUCAGUGUCCGAGACGUGAGUGCUUGACCCAGCUCCCAAAUCGGCCCGAGAGAAAUGGAGGAGCCGGGGUUCCGCGCAGAGGUCAUGGAAGAAGUGACAUCGUGCUCCUUCAGCAGCACUCUGUUCCAGCAGGAGGACAAGCGAGGGGUCACCUACCGGAUCCCAGCCCUGAUCUACGUGCCCCCUGCCCACAUCUUCCUGGCCUUUGCAGAGAAGCGCUCCUCGAGCAAGGAUGAGGAUGCUCUCCACCUGGUGCUGAGGCGAGGGUUGAGGACUGGGCAAUCAGUACAGUGGGAACCCCUGAAGUCCCUGAUGGAAGCCACAUUACCUGGACACCGGACCAUGAACCCCUGUCCUGUGUGGGAGCGGAAGAGUGGCUAUGUGUACCUUUUCUUCAUCUGUGUGCGAGGCCAUGUCACCGAGCGUCAACAGAUUAUGUCAGGCAGGAAUGCUGCACGCCUCUGCUUCAUAUGCAGCCAGGAUGCUGGCUAUUCAUGGAGCGAUGUGAGGGACCUGACUGAGGAGGUCAUUGGCCCAGAGGUGACGCACUGGGCCACUUUUGCUGUGGGGCCAGGUCAUGGCAUCCAGCUGCAGUCGGGGAGGCUCAUCAUCCCUGCGUACGCCUACUACAUCCCAUUCUGGUUCUUUUGCUUUCGGCUGCCAUAUAAAGCUAGGGCUCAUUCCCUGAUGAUCUAUAGCGAUGACCUAGGAGCCACAUGGCACCAUGGCAGGCUUAUCAAGCCCAUGGUGACAGUGGAAUGUGAGGUGGCAGAGGUGAUUGGGAAGGCUGGCCACCCCGUGCUGUAUUGCAGUGCCCGGACACCAAACAGGUGCCGGGCAGAGGCGCUCAGCACUGACCAUGGUGAAUGCUUUCAGAAACCAGUCCUGAGCCAUCAGCUCUGUGAGCCCCCUCAUGGCUGCCAAGGCAGUGUGGUGAGUUUCCGGCCCCUGGAGAUCCCAGGUGGAUGCCAGGAUCUUGCUGGCAAAGAUGCACCUGCCAUUCAGCAGAGUUCUCUGCUGUGCAGCUCAGUGAGGCCAGAGCCGGAAGCUGGAACCCUGUCAGAAUCAUGGCUCUUGUACUCACACCCAACCAAUAAGAAACGGAGGGUCGACCUAGGCAUCUACCUCAACCAGAGCCCCUUGGAGGCUGCCUGCUGGUCCCGCCCCUGGAUCUUGCACUGCGGGCCCUGUGGGUACUCUGAUUUGGCUGCUCUGGAGAAUGAGGGCUUGUUUGGGUGUUUGUUUGAAUGUGGGACCAAGCAGGAGUGUGAGCAGAUUGCCUUCCGCCUGUUUACAGACCGAGAGAUCCUGAGCCAUGUGCAAGGGGACUGCUCCACCCCUGGUAUGAACUCUGAGCCAAGUAAAAAGUAAUCGCUUAGGACCCAACUUUGCAUAGAAGGCUACCGUAGAAGGCAAUCACAGCCAGGACAGUGGAGGCCAGGAUAACAGAGGUUACUGAAGUCUGCAGAGAAACAAAACACCUAAUAUUCUGCUCCCUACCUGUUUUCACUUCUCAUUCUCCAAAGAGCAAAAUGAACCUCUAGCCAUAGCUACUGCAUUCGAAAGAGCAUUGAACGGUGAGUUGAGAGACUAUGAUGUCAUCUUGGCUCUUCCACUGGCUUGCUUUGGGACCUUGGACAUGUCAUCUGUACUCUCUGGGCCUCAGGUCUCCAUCUGUAAAAUGAGAGGGUUGGGUCUGUGAUAUCUCUUCUUCCCAUCCCUAGGAAAGGCAGUGUUCCUGCAUGCUCCCUGAUCAGCAAGUCCUGGCUGUAUGUAGGACUCUUAUCUCAGAGUAAAAGUCAGCAGGCUCAGCUUUUCAAAUGACUUGCCACUCAUCCAAGUAUGAGGUUGCAAGCAGGUGUCAGCACAAAGGAAGAUGUAGGUGGACUGUUUUAUUUUUAAUAACAAAAGCACUUACAUCCUUCUGAUCAUGCAUGAAGCUCUGCAGACUCAUUGUUCUAGAGGAAUCGGGCCAAGCAGCAGAAUUAUAGGUCACUUACCUUCUCCAGCUUUGGAGCUCUGCUCAACCUUUCUUUCCUUGUCCAGAAAGCAUUACGUCUGAAGGAGAAAAUGAGGUGCUCAAUGUAAGUGAUCUUCAAUAAUGGU